AUGGGUUGGUCUGCAAAUAAUGCCAAGUUGUCCAUUUCUCAAGUGGCAUUGGCAGCUAUGACUCUAUGGAGCCUUUGGAAAUGUCGCAAUAGCAAACUUUGGGACAAUGUUGAUACACCGUCGCUUGUGGUUUGUAAUCGAGCAAGAGACACACUCUAUGAAUGGAGCUAUAUGCAACAUGCAAACAAUCUGGUGCAAGAAAUAACACAUGAUGCGUUGUGGGAGAAGCCUCCGCUGACAGUUGUUAAAUGUAAUGUUGAAUGCGCAUUGUUUAACAAUAACUCUAUCAUGGGCUAUGGUUUAUGCUUUAGAGACUCCAUGGGUCAUUUUCUGCCUGGCAUGUCUAAUUAUGAGUUUCUUAGAGUCACUCCAUCUGAGGCGGAAGCUACCGGACUUCUUGAAGCAGUCAAACUGGCUAUUGCUCGAGGCAUGCAAUCUGUUAUCUUCAAAUCUGAUUGCAAAAUUGUGGUGGAUGCUGUGAACUCUAGUGUCAACCCCCACAAUGAACUUGGUGACAUUAUUUUUUAUUGUAAACAACUUUUGUCUUUGCACGCUAACUUUUCUGUGCGUUUUGUAAGGAGACAAGCAAAUAAGGUAGCUCAUAACAUAGCUAGAGCUUCCUUAUCCCACCCUAGCCCCCAUAUUUUCUUUGAUGUACCGUCUAGUUUGAACACUUUAUUAUUGAAUUAUAUGAAUUAA